AAUCUAUUAUCGAUAAUGAUACAGUAAAAGAAACUACUCCUGGAAAAUACAUUUUAAAAUUAAAUGAUAUAUCUUUAUUUUCUAAUAAUCAAUCUAAUACUUCUAAUCAAUCUACUGAUUUACCAUGA